AUGCUUGACCCAGAGAUUGUUCAUGCCCAGAAACUGUUUGCCGAAAUACUUGGCCCAGAAGAGUCGCUGGUUGUGUUCAGCACAUCAGUACCGAACACGACAGAUAAUUUCGGUGGGAUGCCACCGAAACUUUGCACCUUUUUCGGUUGGAUUUCACCGGAACAAAAUCAAGGUGACGCCCCUACUGAAGGCAACAAUGUGGGAACAGAAUGUGUAAUGGACUAUAGUGAUCAAUUCACAACUUAUUCGAUAUUCAAUGGUAGAGAUGCAUUACUUCAAUGGGCUCGUGAACAAGGAAAAUUGAAUAAUAUUAUCAUUGUAAUUAAAAGGUCUGAUUAUGGAGGUGAGGGCAAGAGGAGACCUCGUGUAAUACUUGCUUGUGAGAGGAACGCUAACUAUAAGUCUUGCAAGUCUAGUGAGACAACUGAUAUAAGAUCGGAUGCAAAUAGUGAUAUGAAAAAAUGUGCUAGAGACACUGGUACCAAGAAAUGUGGAUGCCCAUUCUUGUUAAAAGGUGUUAAUAUUGGUGAUGGGGAUGAUUGGAAGUUGGAGGUGGUUUGUGGAGUACACAACCAUCCUAUUUCAGAGUAUCUUCAAGGUCACCAUUAA